AUGUCUGACGCACAACAUUCACCAUCUAAAGAUACCCCUAAAGAACCAGCAAAAGAUCCAGUAAAAGAUGAACCAACUAAAACAACAGAAAAACCUGUUAAUAAUGAACAGAUCAAUUUAAAAGUAGUGACUCAAGACUCAACUGAAGUCUUCUUCAAAAUUAAGAAAAAUACUCCAUUAAAGAAGUUAAUGGAAGCAUUUUGUAAUAAACAAGGAUUAAAUAUGUCAAGUGUUAGAUUUCUUUCUGAUGGUGUAAGAAUUACACCAGACAAAACUGCUUCAGAUCUUGGUUUACAAGAUGGAGAUGUUAUUGAUGCUAUGAUGAAUCAAGUUGGUGGGUUUUAA